AUGGCUGCCAUACCAGUUACUCUCGUGGUAGGAACCCAUACUUGGGGCUUGGACGAUGGUGCCAAGGUAGACAGUAUUUUGGAUCUCAUGCGCAAACAUAAAAUCGGUGCGCUUGAUACCGCCAGGAUCUACGGUCAAGGUGCUUCGGAAGCGGUGCUAGGCACGAAGCAAUUGACACCGGAAUUUUCGGUUGAUACAAAGGCCGCCACUGGAAUCACUUUGGGCUCAGGAGGCCGCAUCCUUGAGUUUGCAAAUGAGAGCCGGGACGCUCUCCAACCCAACAAAAUUCGAACGUACUUUCUUCAUGGACCCGACGAAGCCACUCCAAUUGAGCAACAGAUGGAAUCAAUCCAGGCACUGUAUCAGCAAGGGCUUUUUACCCAGUUCGGCUUGUCGAAUUUCUCCAAAGAGCAAGUGCUUGAGUGCUACAACUAUGCCAAAUCCAAGGGUUAUGUGCUCCCAACGGUAUAUCAAUCCAACUACUCGAUUGCGGCUCGCCUCAAUGAAACGCUACUGUUUCCAACCUUGCGCGAGCUAGGUUUUUCGAUUCAAGCCUACUCGCCCAUGGCAGCGGGGCUUCUUGCAAAGACACCGGAGGACAUCGAGCAAGGGAAAGGCAGUUGGGAUCCGAAUACGAUUCAGGGUCAAAUUUACCGCGAUUUGUAUUACAAACCGUCGUACAUGAAAAUGCUCCUGGAAUUCGGGAAGUUGUCUGGCAAGUCUGGAUUGAGUCGCAUGGCCUUGGCAUACCGAUGGGUGAAAUAUCAUUCGGCGCUCAAGGGAGAUUUGAGGGAUGAGAUGAUUCUGGGUGCAGCCUCUGUUGCGCAGCUGGAGGAAAGCCUGGGAGAGCUUGAGAAAGGGCCUCUUGAGAACUGGGUUGUGGAACGCAUUGAUGAACUCUGGUACAUGGUCAAGGAGGAUGCGCCUCAAGACAACAUUGAGUCUGCCCGCAAGUUUAUGUAG